UCCAAUAGAGCAUUAAAUUGAUGUUUUUUCCAUAAAAAUACUCAAUUCAUUUGAUGAAUAAAUUAUUAUUCCGUACACAAACGAAUUGUUCAAGGAUCUUUAUGAUUUUUUUUCCCACUUCACCACUGAUACCUCACCCUGGAGAGGGUUAACUACUUUAUAUACGCUCGUGUCGAUCAUCGACCCAACAUACAGGAAAAAACUUCGUUGCAAAUAGUGAGCCAAAAUCGAAUAAAAUUAUUUUUCUUUAGAUUAAAAUCAUUGAAAAUUUAUUGGCCAAAUAAAUUACAUUUAGCGGAAUAUUUUUUUGUGAUUUCUUAAUACUUAUAAAAGUGAAAAUGAGUCGAUUAGUGAUCAUGGCAACCGCAAUAUUUCUAUCAAUCAUUGCGGUUGUGAUAAGCGAAAAAGUUGAAGCUCAGUACUUGAAUAAACAUGAUUCGCAAGAACAACGAGACUUGGAAAAAGUAGCGUCUGGUUAUAUUUAUCAAACAGAUGGGCAGAAUCCUCCUGUAUUUAUUAAACUUGGCGAAGGAAACAAUAAACAAUUCGAUGCUUUGUUGGAAAAUUUCAAAAGAAAAAACGGUUUUCAUGAUGCGCCAAGCUACAAAUCUGCACCGUACAUGCCCUUCGUGGGUCAUGAAAACCGUUACGCACCAGGUAAAAUUGAUUUAGGAAGUUAUGUCAAAAAUAAACCUUUUACUGAAACGGAUGGCAGACCGGACGAUCGGUUAGGCUUUAAAUUCGAGAUGGGAGACAUGGAUGACAUCGAGGCAUUUGUAGAUGGAGAAAAUGACGAAGGAGAAGGGCAUGGAUUUGACCACAGUAGUGGUGAGAUGAACUAUGGUUUUGACCACGGAGGAUCGUCGUUUAAGUACCAUCAUGAUGUGUCAGAUAUUGGUGGAGGUUUAAAAGGCGAACAAGGACAUCGGAACAUUGACUAUCAGGGUUAUGAUGGAGCUCCUUACACUCACAACGAAUAUAAAUCACCAGGAAAAAAUUCAAAAUCGGGAGGUUCGUAUCAAAAAGCUGGUCAUUACUAUACUCCAGGUAGCAAGGGCGAUAGUGGUUAUAAAGCUCAUCAUGACCACGACAGAGAAAAUGUAGGUAAAUAUGGAAAGGAUGACAUCAAAGGCCAUUACAAAAAAGCUUCUGGACACAGCUCAAGUCAUGUAGACGAAGCCGAUCAUUUUGGAAAACACCACAGUGCAACACACGGAAUGGUCGGCCAUAAGUUUGGUGAAACGGAAACUCAUAAAAAGGGGCAAUUGACAACUGGUUUCCAUAAUGUGUAUCACAAAGACGAAUACAACAAAGAACAAAAUUUCUACGAAGACGUGCACAAACAUGGCAAGCACGAUAAGUAUGGAGGAAAGCAUAAGGACUUUUUUCACAAAGACGGAGGAUAUAAAAAAGGUGGACACCAUGAAUCAGGGUAUGAUGAAGCACACAAGGGCACGUCGGGAUCGUUCAAUAAGGGAGGAUACUACGAUGGACAAAGAGGUCAUAGUGGUGAGUUUGGUCAUAAAUCUCAUCAAGAUCAUAAAGCUGAGUAUGACACAAUUUUGGAUAACAAGAAGUACGGUGAAAACUACGGAAGCGAUGACUUUUAUUAAAGAAAAAGUACACCAUCGAUAAAUAUCAAAAUGUUUCAUAAAUAUUCUGAAAACAUGUAUUACAGGGUGUUCAAUAAAUUUAGAAAUGCUCAAUUAAAUUACAAACAACUUUUUACCAAACACGUAGUUAAUUUUUUUAAAUAUUUCUCUCUUAGGGUGUAAAUGGUAAUUUUCGAAUAAUAUAAAGUAAGUGCAAAACUAAGAAGUAAUAUAACUACUUUUUUAAUUGGUUUAACGAUUACAGUUAUUUUCAAAAUUAAAGUACUAUUUAUCAUAAAUUAUUUAAAUCAAUUACAUUAAAAUUAUACCAUUUCUAAAUUUUUAAAUUCAAUUAUCUUGGAACCAAUUUUUUUGUUUCCUUAAUGCCUUUAGCUACAAACGCCUCAAUUAAAUAUACCUUUUGUGGUAAAAAUAAAAUACACUUAAUAUUUAUAGGAUAAAAUUUUACUCAUAGAAAAGUUGAGAGUUUCUAUUUUUAUUUAACAUCCUAUUAUGAUACGGCAGUCUUUAAAUACAUUUAACUAACCCGAACUUAUAUAUAGUAAAAAUAAAAAUAUUUCCAAGAAUCAUUUUUAUUUUAAACACAGUGGCAAGUGAUAAUAUACUAUACUAUAAACUAUCGUUGGUUUAGUAAAUAUUUCAAUCAGUAAAUUGUUUGUGUAUUUAUAUGUGUUAUAAGUUAUAAUCUUAUGAGGCAUAUAAACCAAAAAAAAACCAAAAUCAGUAUUAUAUACAACGAACAUAUUUAAGUUAUUUUGUUAAAUAACGAUAAUACAAUAAAAUAUAGUGUAAGAAUUUCAAAAUAUUAUUAAAAUUUUUGCUUCGUCUGUUUUUUGUUAAGGAAAAUGUCGGCGACCUAAACGAUAUUUAAUAUAACUUGAACACUUUUGAUCUUAAAAAUUUGAUAUAACCUGAAAAUAAAGAUACAUUAUAUCAAAGUUAUUGAAAUGUUAUUUUAAUAAUUUAUAAUACUGUAUAAUUCCGUUUUUAUAAUGAAUA